AUCAACGGAGGGCGGUUCUUGGCGAUGGUUCAAGCCAGAGCUUUCAACAAUGGAGCAGCCUGUGGGCGGCAGUACAAGAUCAGCUGCAUCGGCGGGACGAACGACGUCAAAGAGCCGUGCAUCAAAGGGCAGUGGGUGAACGUGACGGUUGCGAAUCUCUGCAGCGGCGACAGCUGUGACACUUUUACCCUCUCCACCGACGCUUUCGACGUCAUCGCCAAACACGACGCCGGCCGUGUUCAGAUCACUUACAAACGGAUUGCAUUGAGAUUGAAGGCGUGGUAGAGAGAGCCAGGCAUCGAUCGGUCGGCUGGCCGUCGGGACGACUAUAUCUAUGAUUCUAUAUAUUGUACGCCCUUAGACUAUGCUAUUGUACCGGCUAGAUUAAAAUUUGGUUGAUGGAUUUUCAGACACGUUGUUUUUGACAUUAUUGUAC